GCUUUCUCCCUACUUUCCACUGUUGAAAUUCUUUAUCAUGAUGACUUAUUGGUUGGUUACGUUUAUCCUUCAAUGCAUGAUAAUCUCAUCCCAAUUCUACUUCUUGUUCAAGUGUUUCUAUCAAUAAACUGAAUUGAAUUCUAAUCGUUUACCUCUACGUUUAUUACAUUUACCUCGUUCUACUCCACUAGCUGGAACUGCUGGUCUUGUUGAUGCUUUUGUUAGUUUGGAAGCAAGAGUAUUAGCUCGUGGUUUUAUGACUGUUUUCGAAGAGAUUGGUGGAAUGGGUGUAUGGCAAAGGUAUUGGUGUCAGCUACGAGCUGAUUAUCUACAUUUUUGGCGAUAUCCAGAAGAUGAACAACGAGCACAUUCUAACAAUGCAGUUAAUAACAAACAUUUACAUCCACCAUUGGGUAGAAUCGAUUUACGGCAUAUUGUUACACCUGGUGCUGUUAUAUCACCUCGUUCUAUUUGUGCUCGUGCAAAUACAAUUUAUAUGCGAUCUCUUCGUGAAAUUGAUCCCAAUUGUUUAUCAGCUUCUAUCAAUAAUAAUAAUAAUACUAAUAGUAAUAGCACUACAUCUGGGAUUGUUAAUAAAAAGAGGAGUUCAAAUGAAAGUCUGAUAUUCCGUGCUUCUACUGAUUAUAGAUGGUUGGAACAAAAACAUUUACUUUGUGCUGAUACAUCACAAGAACGUGAUGCUUGGAUUACAUGGUUAAAUGGUUGUAUAGAAUCUUUGAAAGAUUGGAUGCCAGGACAUUUCAAUUGUUUAUCUCGUUAUGAUGCUCAAUUAGAAUUUAAUCAACCAGUAUCAUCUCAACUGGGUGCUUUGUUAAUUCACGGUUUACCAUCACAAUCAUCAUCAUCAUCAUCGUCAUCUUCACCGGUAUUAACCAAAUAAACAUUGUGUGACAAUAAUACAUAAAUUUAAAAGUGUUAUCGCCACAUGUGCUAUUUUUCUCUCUUUUUUUUUCUCUUCAUUAAUCUAUUGUGUUGUACACGCAAAGCGGAUUGUUUCAAUACAUCAUUUUUAUUCUCUAAAUUUAAUUAAAAAAAAGAGUUCCUAAUAUACUUAAUGUACUCUCUCUUUUAUUUCAAGUACAUACCCCAUUUUAAAUUGAUUUCUCUUUGUAUAUACAUACAUAUAUAUAUAUAAAUCUGUCUAUUCGUUGCUUCUCUUCCUGAUUUACAUUGUCAACAGUAAUGAAAGUAGUUUGAUUGAACUAUUGUUUAGAAGAUAGUUUUCUUCUUCUUCUCUCUGUUCAUUAUUAGUGCUUCAUUUCAUCUUGCCUAUUUUCUAUUUCUACACAUAACAUUUGUCUAUAUAACAUUCAUUUCUCUAACAUUUAUAUGUUGUGUCUUGUUUUUAUUGACAAAUAUAUACAAUAAUAUAGUA